AUGAGCACCGAAGUAAAGAUUCCUGCAUCUCUGGAGCAGGAGAGCGCCAUCAAGAGACUUGAUGACAAUACGUUCGAGGCCAAUCUCUCACCCAGCUUCUGCAUCGGCUCAGUCCCCAAUGGCGGCUUCGUCGCCACAGUCUUUUUGCGCGUAGCAAGAGAAUAUCUCACUCCCAGAAACCAGCCCGACACCAUCGCCGCCCACUGGGAAUUCCUCAGCCGCACCGCCUCCGGCCGCGCCAUCCUCGUCGUCGAGGAGGUCAAGCCCGGCCGCUCCAUCUCAGUCAUCCACGUCUCCCUCUACCAGACCGGCCUUCUCCCGCAAGCACCAUGGAUCUCGUCUGGCACAGUCAACGGCCGGGCAAAGUCAGAAAAGGUUGUCGUUGCGUAUCUGACAAACAGGAGCAUCGCGGCCGAGAGCGGCCUCACCCUCAACACCGGCUGGUCGCUGCAGCCGAAGCUGCCUGCGGUCAAGGACUUUUCAAAACUGCUCACCAACGAGGACCCGGAAUGGCCGCCUCUGGACUCGAUCAUCCAGCGCAAAGUCGCCGCCGUGCAGCAGCUCCACAUGUACCACUGCCGCGAAAGCCUGGAAAAGAGCGGCACGGCGUCCCUCAUCGACUUGUGGGUUUGCGCCAAGAGCGGCGAGCCUUUUCGAAAUACAAGUCUCGGCUUCCUCGUCGACGUCACGGCGUCUUUCGUGGUGGAGGUGCAACGGCUGCGGACAGAGAAGGAAGAACAAGCCGCGGGGGGCGAGUUGGCGCGCAAGGUGGCCUUUUGGUAUCCCACGCUGGUGAUGAACCUGGAUGUGAAGAAGAGGCUGCCGGAAGAGGGCGAGAAAUGGCUCUUUAUACGGUCUUACUCGAAGAAGAUUUACAAUGGCCGGUCUGAUAUUGAGAUUAUCAUCUGCGAUAGAGCGGGGGAUGUUGUCGCGCUGUCACACCAUGUUGCGAUGAUUGUGAAUUUCGACAGGAAUACGGCGAACAGGGCUGUCGUUAAGAGCAAGGUUUAA